UGGUAGUGGACGCAGGCACUCUACGGCCAUCGUGUUGGGUCCGAACCCCUGCAUUUGUGUGGAUUAUUCAUUGCACUCUGGAGCUCCGCUUAUGUAUGGAAUCUUUCAGGAGCAAUCUGAAGAUGGUGCAUUUGGCCAUUUGUAGCGUAUCCCUACUUUAAACUGGGCUCUAGUAACUGAUACAGUACACAGUAGCUCCGACGCUGUGUAGCUCACACAAACAACAUUAGCCAAACAAGCUAACUGGCGGUAUUGCCGUUAGUUUAUCGCUUGUCGUUUUCUCGCAGCGGAAAACAAGUUUUGUCUGUCAACUUGUUUGAAGAGAAAUUGUGUACGGCUGGCCUUUUGCCUCCAUAAACAACACUGGUGUUUUACUAUGCAUGCCCGUGAUUGCAAUAACAGUGCAGCGAAACGCUGCUACUAGCCUAGACUUGCUGCGCUAUUACCCGCAAUAUUACGCCGGUGUUUUAUCAGCGACAACGGAUCCAUUGUCCAAAACAGCUACUUGUAAACAUUAGUGCGCCGUGUCCCUCUGUUGCCGUUGUUUUGCAACAUUAUCCGUUAUAAGCUAUUGCGACCUUUGUUUAUUCUCUGGAUGGAUUGUAACUUAUGCGCGGCCUCCCAAAUCGGAUUGUGCGAUACCUUUAGGCUUUAGCUACUACCGCAGCGGCAAGAACCGAGGCACAUAGCAACACUGUCGUCACCAACAACAAACUACCACAAAACAGGGAUGGGCGCUUGGCGCUGGACAGACUGGAUGAAGAGAGGCUGAGAAAGAGAGAGAGACAUUAUACCUGGCUACCGGGGCCUGCUGCUGGGGAGGACCUCUGGACAGGUUCCUUCAGCUCUAGUCAAGGUGGAGGCACCUGACCCAUGGAGAACUACUUCCAGGCAGAGGCCUUUAACUUGGACAAGGUGCUGGACGACUUCGAACAGAACCAAGAUGAUGACACAGACAGUCCUACUCUGUCUGAUGCUAAGUGGAGUCAGAUCCUGGCUCCUCCCACCCACCUCCUUUCUCUAAACCCCGCCCUGGCUUUGUCCCCUGACCUUAGCCCCACCCCCAGGGACAGCCCCCUCUCCUUUAAAACUUUUGUGGCCCCUGAGCCGCCCUCCAACGGCUCCUUGGGGCCCGACGCCAAACGUCACCUUGCCGCAGAGCCUCCACCCUGGGGAGAGGAGCGACCAGACCACCCUCAGGACGUCCACAGCCCUUUGCUCCCCCAGGCCAACAUUGGUAAGCUGGUGGGGGGUGAGGAGGGCUCAUCACCUCCUGUGUCUGCCUCCUCCAGCCCCCCUCCCUACCACCAGCAACACCUCCUGGCCCUGAAGAACGGCUGCACCUCCAGAGCCCCUCCUAACUCAGGCAGGCCGGCCCUCAACGGGCACAGUGGAGCACCCUGUGGGGAGAACCAGGGGUCCUCUGGUAACGCAACGGAUGACCCAGAUGACCCUCUGGAUGAGGACAGGUCAGGAGGGGACGAGGUAGCCCAGGUGCCUGGCCCAUCCACAGAGAUGGAGCGGGGAGAUCCACAGGGCAAGCCAGAGGUGGAGCGGGGAGUUCCACAGGGCAGGCCAGAGGUGGAGGGGGGAGAUCCACAGGGCAGGCCAGAGGUGGAGCAGGGAGAUCCACAGGACAGGCCAGAGGUGGAGGGGGGAGAUUCACAGGGCAGGCCAGAGGUGGAGCAGGGAGAUCCACAAGAUAGAGAAAGAGGCCAAGCCCAGAUGACUGGGUCACUUGCGCUGGACAAUGGGGAGCGAGGAAGAUUGGAGAAAGAGGAAAUGAGCGAAAAUGGAUCCCACCAAAAGGGAAGGAUGAUUGAGGGACUGAGAGAAGGGAAAGGGGAGUCUAGGAACACUUCUCAGAAGGAGAACUGGCUUAAAGGAGAGGAGGAGAAACGGGGCAGGCAAUGUCAUGGAGGAAAUAUAGCUCUCUCUAACGGUCUCAGUACUGCUUGGGAGGAGGAGAAGGUAAGCCAAGAGGAGGUGGUGAAGGAGGAGGAAGAUGGCCAGUCUCUCACCCCUCCUUUCUCUAAGGAGGACUCUGUGACCGAGGAGAAGGAAAUAGAGGAGAGCAAGCAGGAGAAUGAAGGAGGAGGAGCAGAGAGAGCAGGUCCUGACAGUGCUCCUUCCAAACUGAACAAUCGUCUCCAGCCAGUAAGCGUUCCGUUCGGGGGGGCGCGACCCAAACAGCCGGUCGGCCUGAAACUCCACACCCCCAGAACCCUCAGUGGACAGGUCCACAACCAGCUAGAGCCCCCCGCCCCCCCCGGAGGCAAGAAUAAGAACCUGGACGCCCAGUGCCGCGUAACCACGGAUACGGCCACCAUGGUUGCGGGAGGCGACCCUGGCGUGUUUGUGAACGGGGAGCUGCUGAACCGGGGUUCCUCCUCAUCGUCAGGGGUGACGGGGGAGGCAGAGAGCAGCCCGGAUAAUGACCUCCAGGCAGGCCAGCACCACCAGGGGGCGCUGCCCAGGAAACAGCUCUCCACCCUGGGGGACGUGGCUCCGGUGUGGGUCCCCGACUCCCAGGCACCGUCAUGCAUGAAGUGUGAGGCGCGCUUCACCUUCACCAAGAGAAGACAUCACUGCAGGGCAUGUGGAAAGGUGUUCUGUGCUGUGUGCUGCAGUCUGAAGAGCAGGUUGGGCUACAUGGACAGGAAGGAGGCCAGAGUGUGUGUAACCUGUCACUCUACACUACUGACUGCUCAUUCAUGGGAGGGUGGCGUGUCGAGUCCCAACCCCAACAACCCAGCCGAUUACUGCAGCACCGUCCCGCCCCUUCUGCAAGCCUCCGCCCCCUCCACUCCGCCCACUGUCAUGGUGCCCGUGGGUGUCCUGAACCCCCCCGCCUCAGAGGGGUCAACAGGUUCCCUUUCACGGGAGCAGAGGAGGGUUUGGUUUGCAGACGGGAUCCUGCCCAAUGGGGAAGCAGCGGAAUCCCUGAAGGCCCCUGACACCAGCCCCGCCCCCUCACUCCCACUGGCUGUCUCGCAGUGCUCAGACAAAUCCUCCACUGCUGAUUCGUCUGAGGCGUCGUCAUCCGCCCCUGUGGCCCAGGUGGGGAGCCCAGUAGGCAGCUCCGUCAGCCUGAUCCCGGAGGACGGCCUUCCUCCCAUCCUCAUCUCCACCCAAGUUAAAGGAGGUACGGGAGACCACAGCACAGACUACGCGGUGGAGGAACAUCCAUCAGAGAUUGUUCUGAUGCAGCACCUGGAGGGGGGAGGUCCUGACCCCCUGGUCUUUGUCCUCAACGCUAACCUGCUGGCCAUGGUCAAACUGGUGAACUACGUCAACAGGAAGUGUUGGUAUGUCUCCAGUAAGGGGAUGCAUGCAGUAGGUCAGGUGGAGGUGGUGGUUCUGCUGCAGUGUUUACCAGAUGAGAAGAGCAUCCCCAAAGACAUCUUCAGCCACUUUGUACAGCUCUACCAGGAGGCCCUCUCAGGUAAUGUCCUGACCCAUCUGGGCCAUUCUUUCUUCACCCAGAGUUUCCUGGGCAGCCGGGAGCAUGGUGGCUUCCUCUACAUUUCCCCGUCCUUCCAGUCCCUGCAGGACCUGAUGCUCCCCAACCCCCCCUACCUGUUUGGAGUGUUACUGCAGAAAUGGGAGACUCCAUGGGCCAAGGUGUUCCCAAUCAGACUCAUGCUGAGGUUGGGUGCAGAGUACAGAUUCUACCCCUGCCCCCUGUUCAGUGUCCGCUUCAGGAGGCCCCUCUUCGGAGAGACCGGACACACCAUCAUGAACCUGCUGGCCGACUUCCGUAACUACCAGUACACCCUGCCCAGUGUGAAGGGCCUGGUGGUGGACAUGGAGGUGAAGAAGACCUGCAUCAAGAUCCCCAGCAACAGAUACGAUGAGCUGAUGAAGGCGAUGAACAAGUCUAAUGAGCACGUGCUGGCCAUGGGGGCGUGCUUCAACGAGCAGGCCGACUCCCACCUGGUGUGUGUUCAGAAUGAUGAUGGGAACUACCAGACACAGGCCAUCAGUAUCCACCACCAGCCACGCAAAGUCACUGGCGCCUGCUUCUUUGUGUUCAGUGGUGCUCUGAAAGCUGCCUCUGGGUAUCUGGCCAAGACCAGCAUAGUGGAAGAUGGUGUCAUGGUCCAGAUCACUGGAGAGACCAUGGAGGCUCUACGGCAAGCCCUGAGGGACAUGAAGGGCUUCAGCAUCACCUGUGGCCGGGCCGACCAGGAGGACACACAGGAACACGUGCACAUACAGUGGAUUGAUGAUGACCACAGCUUCAAUAAGGGAGUGAUCAGUCCCAUCGAUGGGAAGUCCAUGGAGUCCAUUAGCAGUGUGAAGAUCUUUCAGGGGUCAGAGUUCAAGGCCAGCGGGAAGGUCAUUCGCUGGACAGAGGUGUUCUUCCUGCAGAGCGAUGACCAGGACCGGCCCAGCGGGCUGAGCGACCCGGCCGACCACAGCCGUCUGACGGAGAACGUGGCCAAGGCCUUCUGUGUGGCUCUGUGUCCGCAUCUCAAAAUGCUGAAAGAGGACGGCAUGGCCAAGCUGGGUCUGCGGGUCACACUGGACUAUGACCGGGUUGGUUACCUGGCGGGCAGCAACGGCCAGGCUCUUCCCCCUCAGUACCUGGGUGACCUGGACACUGCCCUCAUCCCCGUCAUCCAUGCCGGGGCCUGUCAGCUCAACGAGGGCCCUGUCGUCAUGGAGCUGGUCUUCUACAUUCUGGAGAUUAUCUCCUAGGAGACUGACGCACUGCCUAGCAACAGCUCCGUCUCCGAUCCACUGGUUCCGCUCCUCUCUGGCUCCUUUAUCUCUCUCUCUCUGUUCUUCCUCCCAUCAUGCCUCAUAUUUUUUCCCUUGGCCGAAUGCCGUGCGGUGCAGCUAUACCCGUCCACCCCAUAGACAGCCAGCUGUGCAGGACAGCCACCAGCCUGCGCCUCUCCAGUCCACCUAUGCACCAUCUACACUCUGCCACCAGAGCCAGGUCACAUGAUCCAGGAAGUCCAGUCUGCUUCAAGAGCAACCUCCCUGUCUCAGCUCCGUCCCUUGUCCCUGAACAUUUAAUUUCCACUGUGGUAGCUAGCUCAACCAGAGGACAAAGCAGAAGCACUGCACUCUGGGAAACGUUGUUUCUGAAGGCCUUGUUGUAGCAGCAUGGGUGCUUUAGGGACCCAGGGAGAGGUGUCCGGAGCUCUGCCUGAUGGGCCAACGCUUCUCACCACCGUUGGGGACUUGCUGAGCCGGGACAAGAUGAGAGGAGAGACACUAGAACAGAAGAGGGAAGGAGAGAGAUGAAGCAUCCUCCUGGUGAUGCUUUAGUUCUGCGCCUUGGUGCUCUUAGCGCCCUCUACGAAGAAAGGACAGACGGACUGACAGACUGUCCUCGUCUUCAGUCUUGCCUCUAGCUUUAUCCAAUGAUCACCAGAUGCUUUACUUCCGGACCAGGGUGGACUAGUUAGUUCACCUGUUGUGUUUAAACUACCGUUGACCUGUUCUGUUGGUAUGUCAUUAUUUAGGCAGCACCACACCUGGUUCCAUUGUCCCACUCCUGUAGCGUGCAUCUGUGUGUCCUGCUCUGUAUGUGAUGAGGUUCUGGUCAGAAGUAGUGUGGGGAAUCGUGUGCCAUCUGGGAUCCAGGCUGGACUCCUUAACAGUUGUAGACCAACCAACAGUUUCCAAAGUCACAUGGACUUCGAGGUCAGAGGGAUGUCAGGGCUGAAGUGGUACGAUAAGCAAUGCUACAGGCUAUCAAGCUUCUCGUCCCUUAAUAACCACCUUGUCAAAUGACACCCUUCUAUCUCUGAACAGACAGGAUGUCAGUUAAAACAAUGUCCACCAGAGUAUUGUAUAAUAGGCAGAACUAACCAUUAGUGAAAUUAUCUGGCCUCCUGUUGGUCACUAGGAGAACUGGUUAGUCCCAGGAGUCCCUCACACCUGACAUGUUGGGUAAGCCCAAAUGACAGCCUAUCUCCCAGAUAACAACUGGGCAUUCUUCUCCUCCAUCCACAGACCUUCACAGCAUCAGCUGGGUACCUGUUUUGUGUUCAAUGGUGGUUUCCAAAGAACUUAACCACCAAACAGAUUUUGAUGUGUCAUCAUUAUACGAAGCCGAAGAAAACCUUUCUUCUGCAGAAGCUGUUAAGAGAUGCAGUACACUGGAUUCUAAGCCAUCUACAGGGGAGAGGGACGUUCUGGGACCUUGUAGGACGUUCUGGGACGUUGUAUGUCGUUCUGGAACGUUCUGAGGCAGAGGGCAGACAGUGAACAAAGGAAUACCGGUUGAGACAGCAAAAUAGUAGAGACCUUGCUCAAAGACAGGGCUGAGUCCUGAUUCUCCUGCCCUUUCUUUCUGUGCAUGUCUUUGUCUAAUGGACUCUACAUCGUCGAAACUGCAUCUAUAUGUGUGUAAAUAUGACUGAAGGACCUCUGGCCUCUGCUGUUACGUCCAUGACCUGGGGUGCGUACGGGACCUUUGGCCUCGGCUGUUACGUCCGUGACCUGGGGUGUGUACGGGACCUUUGGCCUCGGCUGUUACGUCCGUGACCUGGGGUGCGUACGGGACCUUUGGCCUCGGCUGUUACGUCCAUGACCUGGGGGGUGUAUGGGACCUCUGGCAGUGGGGUCGCGUCCCAAGUGGAACCCUAUAACUAGCAGGCCCUGUUCAGCAGUAGAGGGCUGCCUAGGGGACAGGGUGUGAUUUGGGAAGCACUGCCCUCUCCUGUGCGGAAACGAUGGAACAGAAACCGAUUGGUCAGAUGAAUGUAGUUCUGCCGUCCCCGUUAAGAAAAACUGUACUGAAAUUAAUUUUAUUUUGAAUUAUCUGUCAAUAUUCAUGUCAUUAAAUUGGACGGGUUGGCAGAAAAUACUCUGUAAUAAAACAGUAUUCUAUCAUAGAUUGUAGACAUCAUUCGGACAUUCGUAAGUAUUUUAAUUAUGCACUGCAAAAUCUGAUGAAAAAGUGGCUAAUUACACUAUAUGCUUGAAACAUCGCAAUAGUGAUCAUUUCAUAAAAUGAUAUCAAACAAUAUGACUACCAAUUGAUAUGACAGUCUCAUCUUUAACCCCCAUACAGACAAUCAACACAUUAAUAUCCGCAAACUCUAGAACAAGACUCUUCAAUACGAGUCCUGAAAGGCCAAAACUCGUUUUCAGUUUUUUCCCAGUAGGUAAUUAAACUCGGCUUGGUGUCCCAAAUUUAGGAGCUAGUGAAAACCAGGAUUGUCUGGGCCAUCCAGGACCGGAGUUGAAUAGCACUGGAUUAAGGUUGAUAUACUGCACGAAUGAACACUCAUUCUGUACAAGGUCAGUGUGGUCGGAGACAUUUUUGAGAAGGACCUGUGUGUUACUAUGACUUCAAUGAGCAGUAAGGGACAUUAACAUAAUUCCACCAGCACGUAAGAUGACAGUGGUUACUGGAAGGUGUCCUCCUUCCUGGGUCCUGUUCAUUGGUCUGAAACUGUCCAAUAACGAAUGCUUGUUCUCUAGCGUGACAUAAGUGUGUUAUGAAUACAUCCAGGAUGUACAUUGCCCUGGGUUCAUCUGUUUACAUCAGGGCUGCGUUCAUUCGGCACUAAACAGCACACAGACUAGUGAAGCAGUUUUGGUUUUCUUCUGCUAAGUGUUGUUAUGGUUCCCCACUGAACAGGACUUCACUGGAGAGCAUUCAUCAUUCACGUGGUUUAAAGCCCCAGUUCUCUCUUGAUUCAUCCACCUUUUCACAUAGGUCUUGUAGAAGCCUGGUUUAUUGUGAUCAGAUCUUCAUACCGACAGGACCUGGACAAAGGACGCAUGUUAGAAAACAACGAGGAAUCCUUGAAGUUGUGCAGCUUCAAGGGACGUAGCUUUUGACCCGUUCACAUCGUUUCAGUUUUAUCGUCAUGACUUUGGCAUUAUUUCAGGUGUGCAAUAUCCUAUAUCCAACAGGUGCGUUUGUUUGUUUCGUUGAUGGUAGCAUUUAUUUCAUUCUAUUCAUUUAAACGGACUUAUGCUACUGCAUGCGUACAAACACUAAUCAAGCUUGCAAUGGAGACGAGCAAAACCACUUAGUCUGCAGACGAAGGUUUGCCGCUGUGCAGAUCAAACGUCAACUCACUCAUGCAAUCUGUCCAGGAAAUGACUGGGUUUUGGCAAAAUCCUGUUUGUAACAUUGACAUUAAUAAUUCAAAAGAAAUAUGUAUGAAAAGCCAAAAACCAUGUACAUCUUGUUUUCUUUAUUGUACACUACAAAUGUCAAUAAAAGCAGUCUUUAUCAAAAGCUGUAGUAUAUGUAUAAUAAAAACUUAUAGAAAAGUGAAA